UUGGCAGCCUGGCCUCCGCAUCUGCGAGGCCACCAAGUAAGAUGGCGGAAGAAGUCCAAAACACUGGUGAUUCCAAGCUUUUGGUAGAGAAGGAUGAAAGUGAAGGCCACACCACGCUAAAGGUCCCUUCUUCGGGUGAGAAAAGAAAGCUUUCCGAGACUUCUGCAACUCCCAAAUUCACCGUCAAACCAAAAAUCUCGAUGAAUAUUUCCGGUUCUCAGCAGAAGAAGACAAUUGGAGUCAGCUUAAAACUGGGAUCUGAUCCAAAAAAACAAAAGACAGAACCAGCAUUGGUCGAAAAGAAGGGGUCUGUCGCAUCUGCAUUUAAUGAAGAGAGUGAUGAUGAAGAAGAGAUGCCGGCAGAAGCUAAAAUGAGAAUGAGGAAUAUAGGGAGAAACACUCCCACAUCAGCAGGGCCUAAUUCUUAUAACAAAGGAAAUAAAGGAUUUACAGAUCAUCGGAAAGCAGGCGAAAAGAGUUUUAAACUAGAACACCCAUCAAAGUCCAAGGAGGCAAAACAAUGAAACGUGAUGUUAUACUUCAGCACACUUCUUUCCAUAUAACUUACCUUGGCCAAUAUGAGGUUUGCCUUCUAUUGGUUCCUUGCUUCAGUUUCACAAGUGAAACUCCAUUCAUUAACUGGUGCAAGGUUGGGUUUAUUCGAUCGUUAAUUUUUUCUAGCGGAAGACAUAGGCACGUAGAAUAACCAUUGGUGUCAAAGCUGAGGGGUAAUGCUUUGACGGUGUCACGUCUUGAAAUGAGACAACACUAAACAGUAACCACAUUUGUUGGAAAGAAAAAGACGACAACAGAAACUGUUUGUAAUUAAAAAGUUAAACAUUGA